AUGGGAAUCGAUUCUUUAUUAAAAGCUCUGAAAUCUGUCACAAAACCAAGACAUAUUUCUGAAUAUUCGAAUAAGAAAAUUGCUGUAGAUACAUAUUGUUGGUUGCAUAAAGGGAUAUUCUUAUGUGCUUAAGAAUUGUCAGAAGGCAGAGAGACCAAUGAACAUAUAAAUUAUUGCUUAAAAAAAGUAGAGUAGCUCAAAAAAUAUAAUAUUACUGUUGUUAUGGUAUUUGAUGGAGCAAAACUCCCAAGCAAAAAGUCAACAGAAGAAGAGCGGGAAAAAAGGAGGAAUGACAACCUAUAAAAGCAUUUAGAAUUCAAAUAACUAGGCGAAAAAGAUAAAGCAUAUUCAAAACUAGUUGAAUCUAUAGAUGUUACUCCUUAAAUGGCAUCUAGAUUAUUGGAUGCAUUGAGGACCAGGAAUAUUGAGUGCAUAGUUGCCCCGUAUGAGGCAGAUGCUCAAUUAGCAUAUCUAUCCAUAACAGAAUACGUGGAUGUAAUCAUAACUGAAGAUUCUGAUCUAAUUGCUUAUGGAGCCAGAAAGGUACUAUAUAAAUUGGAUAAAUUCGGAUAUGGAGAAGAGAUUGAUUACGAAUCUAUUCAAACUUGUACAGAAUACAACUUUUAGAAUUGGCAUCAUUAAAAGUUUCUCACCUUUUGUAUCCUAUCAGGAUGUGAUUAUUUGGGUUCAAUAAGUGGAAUAGGAAUUAAAAGAGCCUAUUAAGUAGUAGCAACAUCAUAAAAUUAUAAAUAAGCCAUUGAUAAUCUACAGAGGAAACAGAAGGUCUCCGUUCCUUUUGAUUAUGUCGAAUAGUUUGAGAAAGCAUAUCUAACUUUUCUAUUUCAGAGAGUGUUUUGUCCAGUUCAAAGAAAAAUGGUCUCUGUGAAUACUUUCGACACUGACCUGUUAUAUCCUCAAAUGAAAUCCCUUUUGGAAGGAAAUCUUGAUUUUUUAGGCAAUGUUUAUACGGAUACUCUGAUUCAAGAUAUUGCUGAUGGUCGAAUUUGUCCAUAAGAUUUAAAGCCAUAUUCUCAAUCAUCAAAGAACUUAAAACAAUAAAGUUUAGAUAAUAAAUAAUAAAAUGAAAAUAAUGAUCAAUUAGAAAUACCAACUUUUGGUAACAGUAGACCAGUUCAAGUUUUCAAAUUUAUUAAAAAAUCACAAUCUACAAAAAUAAACCCUGAGGAAUCUUUUGAAAGGUCUGGAGAAUCAAAAGUCAUCAAUUAGUCUCAAAUUAUUAAUUCAAAAUCGACUGAGGAUAAUGAAAAAUAUUUAAUAGAAAAUCAAUAAAUUUAAGAAUAAAGUAAUCUAUUCUCAAGCUAAUAAGAGACUCUUAAAUAAAAGUCAUUGAUCAAUUCUAAUAUUCUGGCUAAUCAAAAUAAAAAGAAAAGUUCUAAAAUUAUUAUCAAGCAUGAAUAAAAAAAAAUCAAUUAAUAUUUCUAACCUUCUUUCAAACCACCACCAUCUGUUGUUUAAUAAUAAGAGUAAACACCUUCAGAAGUCAAUAUUAUUGAAGAGGAAAUACAAAAAAUCGAAUAGAAAGUUGAUUCAUAGGUUGAAGAAGAAUUCCAGCAAUAUAGUAUUUCGGAGGAGUACUCUGAUAAUUUUCAAAAAAGGUUUUAUUACACUGAUUUUGGUUUUUUCUUAAGUCAGGAACUCCAGUUUAAACAAAUUUAGCUUUGA